AUGUCGUUACUUUAUUUUGUUCGCUCUGUGUGUGUGUUUCUUGAACAGAAGCAAUUCCGAGGCCGGCACUUGCCGACUCUCGCAGGACGAGCAGGCCGAGUUGGUGUCGCGAAUCUUUUGGAUUGGUGUCUGCCUUCUGGACUCUGACUACGAGUACGAGUAUCUGGCGGGUCUGCGGCUCCUCAAUCGUCUCCUGCCU